AAUCAAUUACGUAUGAAGAAGAAAUAUGGGCAUUACCCAUGCAUGGUGGAUAUGUUCAACUUUUAGCUCAGUUAGUUAUACCAGUGUUUGAAUACUUCGCGUCUUUCAAAAGCCCUUCAGGAGAAAUGUAUAUGACACCAGCAGACUUAAUGAGAGCAGCUGUUCCUGUAUUUCCUCCUUCAGAAGCAGAUAGUGUUAGAGGGGGACAUUUGAAAGGGGAAUGGGUUACUAGUGAGUUACAGUGUGCUACUUCACAAUUCUUCAUGCUUUUUGAUACCAAUAAUGAUGGACUUAUAUCAUUCCCAGAGUACAUCUUUUUCCUUACCAUACUGAGCAUACCUGAGUCGAGCUUUUCUGUUGCAUUUAAAAUGUUCGAUCUUGAUAAUGAUGGAGGUAUAGACAAGGAUGAAUUCAAGAAAGUGAUGGGGCUGAUGCGUACAUUUAAUAGACAAGGGGCUUGUCAUAGAGAUGGACUCAGGAUCGGAUUAAAAGUUUCAGGAUCUGUGGAGGAUGGUGGUCUUCUAGAGUACUUCUUUGGCAGUGAUGGAAGCAAACGCCUUGAACGUGAAAAAUUUGUC